CCUACCCCGGCCAAACCUGAUACGAGAAAUCAACUGAAGCCUCAACCGAAGGGCUCUCGCACCGAGCGCAACAUCCAAAAUCAAAGCAAACUACCGGACUGACCUCAGACACCAUGGCCGACAAACGUGGAUCCACCUGUCUCAUGGUUGUAGUCAUCCUGGGGAACUUGUUUGCAGCUGCUGCAGGUCUGGCAUUGUGUGCACUGGCUAUCUGGGUGGCUGUGGAUAGCUUCGGGCUUUACCCGCUUGCUAAAUGGUCAGGGAAAGAUGACAUUUUUGCCGGUGCCUGGAUUGCCAUUUUCACAGGCUUCGCCUUCUUCUGCACUUGCAUAUUUGGAGUCCUGGCUGCCCUGUGGAGGAGCAAGGGACUCGUGUUGACGUACCUCAUCUUAAUGCUGAUCAUCUUCAUAUUUGAGUGUGCCUCCUGCAUCACUGCAGUCACCCACAGGGACUAUCUGGUUGGGAACAGCAACCUAAUGAAGAAACAGAUGUUGACGUAUUAUGCUGCUGAUGGCAAAGCCGGCAGUGAAAUCACCCUAACUUGGAACCGACUCAUGAAAGACGCCCAGUGCUGUGGCGCAGACAGCCCGAUGGACUGGAUAGAGUACAACUCUACCUUCAGGGAGACGUUUGGGACGGUGUACCCAUGGCCGCUGCACUGCUGCCAGAAGAAGAAUAACUACGAGAUUGUAGAUUUGGAGGCCUGCAAAGUGGGCCAGGCCAGUGUCAUGUUUACUAAGGGUUGUUUCAAUUAUAUCGAAACUGUGUUCAGUCGUUACACCUGGGCUGUCAGCUGGUACGGCUUUGCUGUCCUUAUGUUCAUAUUCUGGAUAAUGGUCCUGGCAAUGAUCUACUACGUCACGCUGUAAAACCAGGAGAAUUCUGAUGCACCACCCCUCGGUGCACAACACGACGUAUAUCAAACACAUACAAGAAAGUUGAGUGAAUAUAUUAUGUUCAUAUAUCAGUAUAUUUUAUGGUAUUUUUAUGGGUUAGUUUAUUCUUUUUAUAUUCUGUUGCUUUCAUAAUGCACUGUAACAGCUUCACAAACUGAACUUAGUAUGUUGGUAAAAUGUGGUGCUUUUGUAACUGACCGACUGUGCUUUUCUCAUCAAAGAUUGCAUUUGAGACCAAAACUAUUCUUAAAGGGGAUGUAUGUGGCAGUACAUUUCACAUGUCCCAAUUUCAAAUAUUUUCACUUGCCAAUAGAAUAUUUACAAGAUCAUAUUUAUUUAUAUAACAUUUCUUUUUUUCAAACUGUAAUUGAAUAUGCAUUUGUAAAAAUAAACCACAGCAAAUGUUUACAAACAAAACAGUA